ACAUUAUACUAUAUGCAGUCACUGAACAUUUUUAAUCAUGUCAAAGCAUUCACUGCAGUCUAGCUCAACAGCCUAUGUAUGGAACUUUCUCUUCUGUAAGUGAUUGUAAUAUGUAACAAUAAUGUUAACUGUAUGACCAGGAGAAAGGCAUACAGAAAGUCCGAGACAGGUGGAAAAUUUGAUAAAGAUAGAAGAUGUUUCAUCAUUAUCAUUCAGGAUGGUGUAUCUCUUUGCCCAGCAUGUACUGAUGCAGAUAGGAAAUGCAAUACCAUCAGCCGUCUUAUCUGUUAGGAGGUCCUCUGUCUGCAGCCGUGAUGAGAUUGAAGCCCAGACGCCAAGAUGUGAAAAGUAGUGUAUUUAUGAAUUUGUUCAUUUAAUUUGAACUGUAUUGUGUAGAUUUCAUUUUUUAUUUGUGAUAUAACUGUCCUCAGAUUUGUUUUAUUCACUCAUGGUUUCCCCUCACAAAAAUCAUCUAAAAUAGGAAAGCCUUUUAAUUAGUCUGUAAAGUUUGUAAAGUUUGUUCAUAAAACAUUACGUUUCCGAAAAUGGCAUCCUGCAUUAAGAACAAGCAGCAUGGAGGUGGACAGGAAGAAGAGCGGUCAGCUGAGCUGUCUCCGAUUGGCCAUUGGGGGAGGUGACACUUUACGCCUAUUCUAACUGCAAAGAUAAAAUCCCCACCUGCCAUUACCCUAAAAUCAGGAACCUCCAGCGAAGACGCGCACACUUACCCACACACCCCAAAAAUAAAGAAGUAACAGACAGAAACUCUGUCCCUUUUCUACGGCCACUGCCAGGGUAGGUUGCCCUCUGCAGCGUAUCUCUGCUCGGCUUCUUUUUUGGGCCUUUGGAUACCUUUGAGGCCCCCCGGGUGAUAAGGUGCGCGAGUUAGAUCAUUCGAGUUUCAUUUGGUAAGAGGAAAUUUAGCAGAGUUGAGCAAUGGUACGGGGACAGUUUUGAAAGCCCUUGAGAAAGCAUCAGAGUUGCAGAUUGAGUGUCAGGCGGCGAGGAACCCAUGCUGCAUCCGUACAGAAUGGAGGGGUACAUCAUCCCACAAAAAGAAGAGAGUAGAGAGAGAGUAACCUGGACUGGCUGGAUGUCACAGACACCAUCUGUACAAAAAGAUUACUGGGCAGUUUUAACCAAAGAUCAGCAAACAGAGGAAAUGUUUGAGUCAGAGAUGUAUCGAGCACCAAUGGAGUAUCAGUAUAUCACAGACGACAGUCAGAAUGAUCACGCUUGGGAUUAUAAUAUACAUCAUGUCCAUCAGGUGGAUUUUGAGAACCUGCCGGAAAGCCACUUCACAGAGCUUCAAAGCGUACAGCCACUACAUGCAUCGAAUGUGCAUCGCUUCCCAGACGUUGAGUCGGGCCAUUUUAUUGACCCAGGCCUGACCGGGCAUCACCUCACUCUGCCCCCUCCACAGAUGACGUAUUUGCCGCGGCCAUCUGUGUGCUACCCUCACAGUGUACAGCCAUCUCCUCUCCAGCGCAGCUCAGAUGAUGAUGACCCUGGAAGUCGCAGUCCUCCAUUAGAGGUGUCCGACGAGGAGUGUAUGAGAGACCACAUCACAUCAACAACGGGAGGAGAGCAUGGUAACAAGAAGAAAAUUCGCUUGUAUCAGUUCCUGCUGGACCUUCUGCGAAAUGGUGACAUGAAGGACAGCAUCUGGUGGGUUGACCGAGAAAAAGGAACAUUCCAGUUCUCUUCCAAGCACAAAGAGGCUUUAGCGCACCGCUGGGGCGUACAGAAGGGAAACCGCAAGAAGAUGACCUACCAGAAGAUGGCAAGGGCGCUGAGAAACUAUGGCAAGACGGGAGAAGUCAGGAAGAUCAAGAAAAAACUCACCUACCAGUUCAGUGGAGAGGUACUUGGGAAGAGCCACACGGAAAGGAAGAUUUACAUGUAAACACAUGCAUAAAAAAGGCAAGAAAGAGGGAGAAAAAGACUCGGAGAAAAAAAAGAGAGAACCUUUUCCUUUGUGAAAAUGGACCGGAACCCUUACCAUAGUUAUGAACUUAUGGUUUGAAAGUCGACGAUUAUAUUUUUAAUUCAUUUUUUUAUUAUUCACCUUUGCAUUAAGUAACUUUAAGUUCUUUAAAUUUCAGUAGCUUUUGUGACGCAGGACCAACAUUAACACGUCUGUACAGUGUGUAUAUAUAUGGGGAGAAACACAUUUGAAGAGCAGAUACAUUGACCAAAGUGGGUAGUUUUUAUAAAUUAGACAUAAAGCUAUUCUUGAGUUAAAGACAGUUGCAAACUUCACCACCACGCAUGAUGGAAAAAAAAAUCACAAAAAUACAAAAAGCAGAAGUGAAAACCAAUGACACAGGCUCAAACAGCACGGAAAACUCUGUCACGUCUGGGUAACACACACACACACACACACACACACACACGGAGUCUGUGCUCAUAUUUGUACUGUCUUUUUCUCAACAUAACAUUCCAUCGUAAGAAAAUGAAAAAUCUUCACAGAACCAUGAGGAAUAAACAUUAAUUGUCAAUA